AUGGUACUCUUCUGGAAGUUGUUUCGCAAGGACAAGCAAGGUCCAGCUGGUGAGUUGGUCCCAGUGGCCACCAUUGACCGCCUCAGUCAUGGCUGCCCCAAUUCCAAUCGCCCAAGAGGUUCCGGUAGACGACUGCAAAGUCGUCUCGGCCCGUCCGAGCGGUGGCGACCGCAAACCAGCGCGCAAGGGCAAGAAGCUGUCCAAGGACGAACCCCUCACAUCGACAUUCUCGAACCUCCCUUCAUGCGCUUUACCGAGGAGGCGCUUGAGAAGGUCUCCCUCGACAUGGGCAGGUACGGCGACGGCGAGAGUGCCACCUUCAACAUUGCCACUGCCACGGUCCCUCCCCUCCUCGUCGCGGUCCCGGCUCAGAACCAGACCAACUUUGAUGACUGCAGCUCGAGCACUCCGACGUCGUGGACCGCCAUUGCCACCCCGACGGACAGCGGAGGGGAUGCCAGCGUUCAAUUCGCAACUGUGCAGUUUGCCACCGUGCAGCUUGCCAACGAGCAACUGGCCAACGAGGAGCUUGCCAAUGACAACCACGCCAAAGCACAGCUUGACACCGAGCAAUUCGUCCAAGAGGAGCCUGAAACCGAGCCCUUCAUUCAAGAAGAGUUUGCUACCCCCGAGGACCUUGGUACCGAGCGGUUCGCCGAGGACUACAACGACGACCAGCCCUCCCAAUACAGCGAUGAUGGCAGCUACAACGCUGAGCACCGCCUUCGCCUCCCGGUCCCCACUCCAGUCCGUCCGCCCCGUUCCCCUAGCCGCCCCGUUACGCCCAGCACCCCGUUCCCUCAGGACACUCAGUAG